CUAGCCUCCCAGCCCUCCCCAGUAUUUCCAAAGAUCUGGGGCCGGAGCGGGCGGAGACUGCAGCCAGGCGCCUUCCCUGGCUGGGUAGCCCAGAGCUGCGGCGCUGCUGGGGGCCCAUCGCCCAACUCUAGGUUUCCCUGACCUCUCACGUGGGGACUGGGAAGGGGCAACCUUCCUGACUUGAGGAGGGGGCUGGGAUCUUGAUGGACCGGCAGGAAGGAAAGAAUUAAGCGCCCUGGUGGAUUACGAUGGGGACAGGAGCCCGCCCGGGAACAGAGCAGGGCUGACUUCUUUGGCUUCGUGAGGCCCCAGACGCCUGCCCGCACCAAAAUGAAGGUCUUCCUGCCGGUGCUGCUGGCUGCCCUCCUGGGUGUGGAGCGAGCCCGCUCCCUGGUGUGCUUCUCCUGCACGAAUAAGAACAGCAACUGGUACUGCCUGAAGCCCACCGUCUGCUCCGACUCCGACAACUACUGCGUGACCAUAUCUGCAUCCGCUGGCAUCGGGAACGUGGUGGACUUUGGCUACACCCUGAACAAGGGCUGCUCCCCGAUCUGUCCCGGCCCGAGCGUCAAUCUUGGAGUGGCGUCCGUGGGCACCCACUGCUGCCAGAGCUUCCUGUGCAACAUCAGUGCAGCCGACGGCGGGCUGCGGGCCAGCACCCACGUGCUGGGCCUCGGGCUCCUGCUCAGCCUGCUGUCCGCCCUGCUGCGGCUUGGCCCCUGAUUGCCAGGACCCUGUGCCCAGCCCAGACCCCCGAAGCUCAGGAAGGAAGGAAAGCGCAGCCCUUCCUGGACCACUGGGGAUCUUGAAGCCACCUCCUCUGACUUCUCACCCUGCCUGUCACCCCCUCCCCCUGGCUCUGGGUCCCCACAGGCAGGCCUGCCCCUGUACCUACACCUGCCAGCUGCCCACCCUUCCGGGUCAGCCUUCCUGGGGGAACCUGGGAACGGAGCCUGAGGGUUCCAGAGUCAGAACCAAGUCCUGGGGACACACUGGGAGGGGCACCUAAGCCCCAGGCCUGCCCUGUCCAGGCCCUGUUCCACCCCCAGGUACAGAAGAUGUGCUGUGUGGAUGGGUGUGUGGUCAGUGCACCCUGCCAGGCAUGGCAGGGGGCGUGGGAGUAAGCAUCAGGGUCCCCAAGCCCCUUUGCCCUGGCAUCUGUACACCCCUUAUUUCAUCACUUCGAGGGCAGCCUUUUAGGGCACAGGGCUUCCACUGAUCCCACGUCUAGGCUGCUGACCCAGGAAUCUGCUCCUACCCCCAAAUCCAGCUGCAGCUCCCACCCCACUGGAACCCCCUGCUGCUUUGGUGCCUCAAAUAAACACAGAUGUUCCCACCC